AUGCGUGACAAGUUAAGGCAAAAAUACAAUAUAACACAAACAGACUAUGAUAUGUUAGAAGCAAUAAUUGUUAAAUCUAUACCACAUAAAGCUGGCCACCAGUGGAAAUUUAGUGGUGCUUUCUAUUUUGCGAUGACUGUUAUAACGACAAUUGGUUACGGUCAUAGUACUCCAACAACAAUCGGUGGAAAAAUAUUUUGUAUGUUUUAUGCGAUCGCUGGAAUACCAUUAGGACUCGUUAUGUUCCAAAGUAUCGGCGAAAGAAUUAACACAUUUGCUGCGAUGUUAAUGAAAAACUAUAGACGUUCGAUGAACAAACCGGCAAAUGUGACACAUAUUGACUUAAUCAUUGUUACAUUUGGUAGUGGUUCAUUUAUUAUUGCAACGGGUGCAUAUGUCUUUCAUAGCUAUGAAAAAUGGUCCUACUUUGAUAGCAUUUAUUACUGCUUUACUACAUUAACAACUAUUGGUUUUGGUGAUUUUGUAGCAAUGCAGACAGAUAAUGCCUUGCAGGGUACGCCGGAAUAUGUGUUAUUUUCACUUAUAUUUAUUGUUGUUGGUCUAACGAUGGUUUCAGCUUCUAUAAAUUUGCUGGUACUUAAAUUCUUUACACUGAAUACUGAAGAUGAAAAACGGGACGAACAAGAAGCACAAUUAGCUGCUCGAGGUCUGCCAAUAUGCUUUUUUUUAUUUGUCGUUUAUUUAGCACUUAAACAGAGUGUUCACUUCUGA